AUGCCAGACGAGGACCACCAGCGUCAGCGGCCCUCCACCGAGGGAAACCACCACACGGCGCAUGUCGGUGGCGUUCCAUCUGCCACCGGCGCUGCCAAUACCGUGGCGCGUGCUCCCGCAACUGUCGACGCAACCGUGCACACCGUUACGACCCUUUACCAAGUCAUUGCUGGUAUUCAGCGCCGGUUGGACGCCAACGAUGCGACUAUCAAGACCAUCACACGCCUCCAAGCUCAGAACCAGGCUGAGCUGGAUGCACUCCAGCGUCGCUUGAAAGCGCACGAGCAGGCGCUCGAUGCCGUCGCCCGCGGCCUGGCAGCGAACGCUACGGCCAUGGCUGGCCAGGCUGUCGGCAGCGCACAUGCCGAGGGUAACACCAACCUCGAAGCGAUUUCCCACCAGAUACGCGGGAACGGAGAGACCCUGGACCAGAUAUACAGGGACAUCGAGCGGGUUGGGAGGAAUCUGCAGACGCAGAGCACGCUGCUGAGCGCGAGUGUCGCCGAGCGCGCCACUGCCGCGGAGGUGCUUGGCCAACUCGUCACCAGGGGUCAGGCUCGCCACACCUCGCGCGAGGUUGCCGGCCCCGCGGCGCUCGAGGACAGCUCGCCUCGUCUCCCUGGCUGCUGCCCCGACUGGGCUGCCGGCAACUGUGCGGGCCAGACGUGCCCUCGCAACCUGCUCCAUGCCUGUGCUCUGUGCUCGACGGCAGACAAGCAUGUCCACCACCAGUCGGCCGCCUGCCCCAAGCACAGCGCGUGA